AUGAUCAAUGGCGCUACUAACUGGCAUGACACCAUAGGAAAUGCCAUUAAUGCAACACUAUCUGUGGCUAAGGAACUCCAAUCAAAGAAUGAGUUGAUUGCACCAGAAGUUGCUAAUCUGUCACCAGCAGCCAAAAAAUCCCUUCAAGGAACAUGCAAGGAGUCUUUCGAGACCGUAAUUGAUAUGCUUGAGGAGGGAGACGUUGCUCUUGCAGCUGGUGACAUUGCCAUAUUGCAAGCUAAAUUAAGCGCCGCCUUAGACACCGACUGUGAAGAUGAACUUUCUAGCUUUGGUGUUACGUUCCCUCUGAACAAUCUAUCUAAACAUCUUACAAAGAAAGUGUCUGUCUGCUUGGCUAUAACGGCACAAAAUGUGGAUUAUUACAAAACAACUGAAAUUAAGGAUUAUAAGAUGAUUGUUGCAUUUUCUUGA